AUGCAGAAGAUGUUAUGAAUACUGUGAUUGACCCGAAUCAUGUGAAGGAGAAUGGACUCUUUGAUGGAAAUACAGAUAAACAGUUUAAUUACAGCCAAGAUGAAUUUGUACAGAUGGUGUUGGAACUCAAUUUCCAGAAUGAAUAUAUGAAGUCUCAUUACAAGGGCUUGAAGAAUCAGUUUCUGGACUCUGAGCGGCCUGACCCGCAGAAAGUGCCGCAUGAUGAUACGAGGUCUCUGGAUGAUGUCAGAGAGCUUCAUAGAGAAAUAGAAUCUUUAAAGAGACAACUUUUUGAGGAAAAACAAACACGAGGUGCUGCAGAGGAGGCGUUGACGCAUCUACGAGCUGAACAUUCUGAGGCAGAUGUGAAGGCACAAGAGCUUUCCGCUAAACUUGCUGAAGCUCAACAGAAGAUGGAUCAAGAAAUAAAAGAGCGAGAUGAGAAAUAUUCUGACCUUGAUUCCAAGUUGAACAGGCUCCAUAAAAGAGCAAAACAGCGUAUUCAGGAUGUGCAGAAAGAAAAAGAUGACCUUGAAGAGCAGUUCCGUGAAGUUACUAAGAAAGCUGAUCUUGCAUCUUCUCAGCUGUCAGCACUACAAAAUGAGUUGGAGCGGACACGGCAACAUGCAAAUGAAGCAUUGAAAGCAAUGGAUGCGGAGAGGCAACAAUUACGAAGUGCAAACAACAAACUUCGGGAUACCAUUGAAGAAUUACGUAAUUCAUUGGUUCCUAAAGAGAAUGCUUUGGAGGCAAUGCAACAAUCAGUUCUGGACAAAGAACAGAUGGUAGAAGACUUGCGAGGAUUACUGCAGGUAGCCGAUGAAAAGCGGCAAGCUUCCAUUGCAGAACUCUCUGUAAAGCACCAGAAGCAAAUAGAGAACAUGGAAGCCCAAGUUGCUGAUAUUUUAGCUGAGAGAAGCCGAGCAACUGAAACAAUAUCAUCUUUGCGGACUUUAAUUGUGGAAAAAGACACCAAGAUUGCGGAGAUGGAUGUUGCUUCUAGUGGUGAAGCAGCAAGACUUAAGGCUGCAAUAGAGACUUUAAAAGGAGAGCUCAAUCAUCUGAAAAAUGAACAUGUAUGAUUUUUUCUUUUGUACUUGCCAUAUUGCAUGGAUGGUGUUUGGUAUCACUUAUAAGUCCCGUCUUGAUAACUUUCCAUUAUCAACCUUAUAUUCUGUAUUCACUCUCACACUUAGUU